AUGUUGCGGCCCCGUCUUUCAUUUCUCAAUCACCAGUUGUUACAACGAACUUUAGGAACUCAGGCACAACCUGCUGUUACUAAUGAAAGUAAAGCUGAGCAGCAAAAUCAGACCGAUGAUUAUACUUUAUCAAGCGUUUCAAAUACUCCGCCACGGCGACCAUUAACCAAUCAAUUCACUCAUCAGGUCAAGAAUCAAGUUCCACCACUUGAAUAUAACGAUUUAUAUAAAAGUGAUUUAACGCUGCGAGAAUUUGUUACUAAAGAAAAUAAAGGGCAGAUCAAAGAUAUGGGACUUGAAUUGGGUACAUUUCAUUGGCAUGAACAAGGCCAAAUAGCUAAUCGGCAAGUACCUAUGUUACAUCAAUUCGAUCGCUAUGGACAACGUAUCGAUGAAGUUAAUUUCCAUCCAGUUUAUCAUGACUUGAUGCAAGUCGGCAUGAGAUAUGGCGUUCAUUCUGUUGCCUGGGAAUCAUUACCUGGUUCACAAACAAGUAUCAAUUCACACGGACAUUUACAGCACACAGCAGGAUUGUAUAUUUUAACACAAGUCGAAGCAGGUGUAUGUUGUCCACUAUCAAUGACUUAUUCGGGUUAUCCCCUUCUUCAUCGUUACUUGCACUGCACAAGCAAAAAAUUGGUUGACAGUUUUCCAUUGGAGAAAAUUUUAUCACGAAAAUACGAUUCACGAUGUAUACCAGCAAAAGCUAAAUCUGGAUUAACUAUCGGUAUGGCAUUGACAGAAAAACAAGGUGGUAGUGAUGUACGAGCAAAUACAACUAAAGCUUAUUGUGAUGAUGCUGAAGAGAAACGUUACAUUCUUGUUGGCCAUAAAUGGUUCUGUUCUGCACCGAUGAGCGAUGGUUUUCUUAUACUUGCUCAAAUUCACGAUGCUGACAAUGUUAACACAUCGCCUACUCAUUAUAUUCCAUCUUGCUUUUUCGUUCCACGUUGGUUACCUAACGGGGAACGUAAUCCAUUCUAUAUCCAACGAUUAAAAGAUAAACUUGGUAACCGUUCAAAUGCAUCAAGUGAAAUCGAAUUGAAUAACACUCAGGGUUGGUUAUUGGGCAAAGGGCAUGAUGGUGUGAAAGUGAUUCUUGAAAUGAUCAAUGGAACACGCUUAGAUAGUGCAACAUCAAGUGCUGCGCUAAUGCGGCAAGCUUUAGUUCAAGCGAAUUGGCAUGCACGUCAUCGUAAAGCAUUCGGUCGUUUGCUAAUCGAUCAACCAUUGAUGAAACAAGUGCUUGUUGAUUUAUUGCUGGAAUCCGAAGCAGCUACCGCAUUUGUUAUGUAUCUGUCCACACUUUUCGAUGCAACGUACAAUAAUGUUCACUCAAACAAUACUGGAGAAGUUCUUGCACUGUCACGUAUUGCGACUGCCUUGGCGAAGUUUUGGAUUUGUAAGCGUACACCUGAAACGACUUACGAAGCAUUGGAAUGCCUCGGUGGUGCUGGAUAUGUUGAAGAAUCAAUGAUGCCACGCAUAUAUCGUGAAGCGCCAUUGAAUAGUAUUUGGGAAGGCAGUGGUAAUGUCAUUUGCUUGGAUAUUCUACGUUCAAUGAAAAAGUCACCUGAAUCAUUACAAGCUUAUUUAUCAUUUAUCCAUGAAACUAAGGGUUCAAAUAAACACUUAGAUGCUGCUGUCGAUCACCUGGAAAAACAUUUAUUAUCUAAAGAUCUUUCUGCAACUAUGCUUGAGCGUCACGCACGAACAUUAGCAACACAGUUAGCGUUGUGCUUUCAAGGUGCUCUUCUUGUCCGUCGUCUACCACAAAGUGUUAGCGACGCUUUUUGUGCAUCCCGUCUGGGACCUGAUCGCGGCUCGAUCUUUGGUGAUUUGCCGAUGAAUAUUGACACCGAUGCGCUCUUAAAGAGAUUACCGUUCUAA